UCAAGGGGAAUUGGGAAACUCUCUCUCUCUCUCUCUCUCUCUCUCUCGGGGGCGUGUUCAAGAGUGCAGGUUUAUCAUUAACGUUACUGUUAUUUGGUCGUGAGACACUUGUCAAACACCUGACUGCUCACAACAGCCCUUCAGCCUUUUACCAAGAUGCAGAAGUGGGUUGUGAUCUGUUGGGCUGUCCUGGCUCUGGUUGGUGCUGAUGAGUGUCCAGAUGGGGGAAGAUGUAAAGACGGUCAAACCUGCUGCAACAACCCGACCAACGGCUAUGAAUGCUGCCCGUUUGAUCAGGCUGAGUGCUGUGGGGAUCACAUGCAUUGCUGUCCUGGGGGAACAAUCUGCGAUAGAGCCACAUCCAGCUGUGUGAAUGCUACUGUGUCCAUCCCCUGGGUGGAAAGAGCUUCUGCAGAUCAACCCAGACUCUCUAAAUCCUUCAGGAUGAUCAAGACAUACAUGGGAGAGGAAGACGACAACAUCUGUCCCGAUCAGUCACGAUGCCCACCUGAGUUUUCCUGUCUGAGGGCUUUGACAAAGUUUGGCUGCUGUCCCCUAGCUCAGGGAAUCCCCUGCUCUGAUGGGAAACACUGCUGUCCUGAGGGCCACCAGUGCAGUUCAGACAGCCGGUCCUGCAUCAAAAAAGAGCUUGUGACUACAGUUCUGUGCGGCGACGGAGUGUCAGAGUGUCCAGAUGAAACCACCUGCUGUGAAACCGUAGAUGGCAAGUGGGGAUGCUGCCCCAUGCCAAAGGCUGUGUGCUGCGAUGAUAAGACACACUGCUGUCCUGAAGGGACCUCAUGUGAUAUUGAACACAGUAAAUGUAUUUCCUCAUCAACCAAAAAAGAUAUGCCGAUGUGGGCCAAAUUCCCUGCUAGGAUGAGAGCAGAGUGGGAGAACAAGAAAGAAGGUGAACAUGUUACAGCACGGACAGUUCACGAUGGCGGCUCUGAAAAAGUCCCUGAAGUCACCCCAGUGAAUGCAGUUCCUCCUCCAGAGAAGGAAGUGUCCGUGUCAUCUGUUACUAAGGCAGCUGCAGGGAAUGAUGUCCCGUGCGAUGAUACUGUAGCCUGUCCUGAUGGCACCACCUGCUGUAAGACCCAAGAGGGCGGCUGGGCUUGCUGUCCUCUCGUAGAGGCUGUUUGUUGUGAAGAUUUCAUUCACUGCUGCCCAAAAGGUAAGAAAUGCAACCUGGCUGCACAGACAUGCGAUGACCAAACAUAUUCUGUGCCGUGGGUCAAGAAGGUACCCGCAAUCCCCAGGCAGGGCGCAAAGGUGGGGGAUGUUGCAUGUAACGCCACCGCCAGUUGUCCUGAUGGCACCACCUGCUGUAAGACCAAAACUGAAGAAUGGGCCUGCUGUCCUCUACCUGAGGCGGUCUGUUGUGAUGACCAUGAACACUGCUGCCCUACUGGGACCACGUGUGACCUGACCACGUUUACCUGUACGAGCACAGGCUCAACACCCAUGCAACGUAAGAUACCUGCAUUUGCCACGGCGGCACCGGCUACAGUGGCGACUUCAACCCAAAGUACAGUAGUGACAACCAGGCAGCAAAAAGAGGAGGAGAAGAAGGAGCCUGUACAGGACAAGGUGAUGACUGAGAAGGAGGAUAAAGAAGGGAAGGGCGGGAUUCACUGUGAUGCCCGCACCAGCUGUCCUGAACGCACCACCUGCUGCUUCAUGGUCUCGUCUAAAAAGUGGGGCUGUUGCCCGCUGCCAGAGGCGGUGUGCUGCGCUGAUGGAAACCACUGCUGCCCCACCCACUACAAGUGCAACGAGAAAGAGACCUCUUGCGUCAAAGGAGAAGUGGUGAUUCCCUGGUACACCAAGCUUCCAGCCACCACCAGCAUCCAGGCUGAGUCCAGCGCUGUGCAGUGCGACGACGAUCAGAAGCAAUGCCCCGAACACACCACCUGCUGCCAGCUGCCCACGGGCGAGUGGGGCUGCUGCCCGCUACCAAAUGCUGUGUGCUGCCCAGAUAAGGAGCACUGCUGCCCACAGGGUUACACCUGUAACAGCGCCUCUAACUCUUGUCAGAAGGUCAUCAUGCUGCAGCUGGAGACUCUCCCGCUAACACAGGUGUUUCUGCCCGAGCACCAGCCCCGGCUCAGUCCCUUAAAGCACAGAAACGUCCCGUGUGAUGAAACUACCAGCUGCGAAGAUGGACAAACCUGCUGCAGGACGUCCGCUACUACAUGGGGCUGCUGUCCAUUUCCUGAUGCGGUGUGCUGCAGCGACAUGAAGCACUGCUGUCCCGCCGGCUACACCUGUACUGAAACUGGAGACUGCACCCAGAACACCAAGCUCACCUGGCACAACUGGCACGUGUUCUUCGCCAACAGAAAGAGAGCGCUGAUUGUGUGAAAACACUGUACUGUUAAUUGUUUCUGCAUGCAACGCACUAAUGGAAAAUAAUUGAAAGGGAUUUUAUGAUAAUUUUUAAAUGCUUUGUUCUUAGAGCAUCGUAGUAAUGAAGAAGGAGAUUGAAUUCCACUUGGGGUUAAGAUGUAAUGUUCAUAGGUCAUUAGUAUUAUUAAAAUACUAAUGACCAAGUUUUCUACUUGAAACUCGACUCCAUCCAUAAAAAACAACUGAAACACUCCUUAGGCAAUAUGAUUUUAUUAAUUCAGUCAUCUGUUUCUGUACGUUCUGCUUCAGCUGCCUUGUGUUACAACGUGCACUUCGCUAUCAAUAAUCAGACACAAUGUGGGGAAUAAUUUUACAUAUGAUCUAAUAUACAAAUAUGAAUCUGGUGUGGCACAGUUUCCUGGUCAGUACUUGGUUUAUCCAAGUGUUUAGAUAUAUGUGGCAUAAUUUGUAAUGAUUUCUUGAUUUGUCAUCUUUCCUGGAAUGAAAACUAAUAAACAACAUUUGAUGUUACAGUA